AUGAAGUACACCACCGUCCUCGUCUCCCUCCUUGCCGUCGCAACCGCGGCCAAACUGCCGAACGCCAGCCCGGACGUUUCCGACGUUGUUGCGCGUCACGACGGACAUAACGAGAAGAACACCACUACCCCCGGCGAUGGUUACGACCAAGACCUAGAGAAGAGGCGCGGGGGCGGUGCCGGUGCUGCCGGUGCUGGCGGUGCUGGCGGUAGCCACAGCAGCGGCGCUGGCGGUUCUCGCGGCGGCAGCAGCGGCAGCCAGUCCAGCAGCGGCUGCCCAGGCCCCACCUGCGACCGUCGUCCGCACUCCGGUGCCAGCGCACUCAUGAGUCUUGACGUUGGCCUGCUUGUUGCCGGGCUCACUGGCGCUGGCGUCGAAGGGCAUAAGAACCGUUACCAGGUACCUAUAUUUACUCAUGCCAUGGGUAAUGGGGCUAGCCAAAGCGCGAGAAGUGUACACAAAGUGCAUCCGGUCGGCGCUGGCCUAUGGCCAGCGUCGUUUCACAUUCCCACGGAUGUGGGAGGCGAGCCGGUAAAGAAAGGCAUCGCUAAGGCCCUCGGGAAGGCCCAGAACAAGAGCUUGCGGAUGAAUCUCUCCGCCUCCAUGUAG